AACUCCGUUAAAGAUAUUGAAAGUCACUUUUCCCUCAGGAUAGUUUCACAGAAGUGGGUUGGUCCCUGCAUGACCUUAACCAAUUACAAUUAAGGCGCUCGUCUUAACCAAUUAAAGUUAAGUCACAUGGUUUUCAACCAUUUAACGUUCAGCAUGACCCUGCGUGCGGCACUGCGUCAAUUAGCUCCGCAGCAUUAGCGACAACAUCAGUCCGUCAAUCAACCUUUACAAACCAACUACAUACUACAUACUAACUCUGUUUGGACCCGGACCCUCCCGGUCGGACCCUGACGCUAUUGGUGAGACCCUGGUGCUAUAGGUGAGAGAUGGGGAGGGAGGAUGAGGAGGCCAAGGUGGGGACGAAGAGGAGGCUGACGGAAGAGGCGAAGGGCGACGCGGCCCAGAAAAGUGCGAACAUGAGGAAGGAGAAGAGGUCCUCGGAUGUGGCCGGGGAAAGGAGAUCUUGCAAGAAGGAGAGGCCAGUGAAGCAGACCUCAUCUAACGGUGUGAGUGUGAAGGAGGAACCAGAGGACCAGGACUUCACCUCAGAGAAGAGGGGACUGAAGAGGAAGAGGUCUAAAGAGGAGGCCUCCUCCUCUUUACCAGGUCAGACUACCAGGAAGAAGAAGAAGAAGAAGAGUAAGAGCCGUGAGCCGGGGGGGGAAGCCAGCGCGACGGCUCCAAAGGACAAGAACAGGGGGCCGGUGAAGGUGAAGAAGGAGGUGAAAAGUGAGGUGAAGGAGGAGGGAGGCACCAAAAAGGUGAAGAAAACCAAGGAGCAGAUUGACGAGGCGAGGAGGACGAAGCUGAAGAUUAAGGAAGAGGAGGAGCAGAACCGCUGGCGGUGGUGGGAGGAAGCCAAGUAUGAGUCCGGGGUGAAAUGGAAGUUUCUGGAACAUAAGGGACCCUGCUUUCCCCCUGAGUUCGAGUCUCUACCGGACAACGUCCGGUUCUACUACAACGGUGAGUGA